UCUCUCUCUCUCUCUCUCUCUCUCUGUCUCCCCUUCACGCUCUUGCUCCUGAAUGCACCGCCAACUUCACCCAGUACAUGCAGUGUCUCUGUCUCUCUCUGUCUGUCUGUCUCUCUCUCUCUCUCUGGUCCCACCCAUAUGUGAACAGCUGUUGUGACAAGUUAGACAUUUUCCCUUCCCUCUCCUACUUCUUGCCCUCCCCCUCAUCACUCCUUCCUCCUGCCUAUCCUCCUCCUCCUCCUCAGCAUCAAGUGCAGCCUGAGCACAGCGUCCCUGGCUGCGACUUUCUCUCUCAGCUUCUCUAGAGGAGUCAUGAGGAGCAGAGAGCAGUCGCCCUGCUGAGACCUGGAGAUCUGGGAUGCACUAGAACCAGCUGAGGAUCAUAUUUUCUCUACAUAAACAUAUAUUUAUAUAUUAUACCAAAAGGAAAAACAAACAAAUAGCACACUACGGAUUUGAAUUUAUUUAGCAAUCGGAUGCAAGCAGAGCCAGGCCCAGCUGAACAAUGGGCCUCACACCUCUGUGUUUCCUGCUGCUGGUGGUCCUGGCUGUGACUGCAGCUGCUGAGGAGAACACAGUCAGUGAUGACUACACCUGGCCACAGUGGAAGGUUCCUGUGUUGAGGAAACAACACACCGUUCAUCUCAGCAGCCCCAACUUCUCCGCCCGUCCACAACUGGAGUUGAGUGGAACCUGUGGGAUUGAAUGUCAGAGUCACCUUCCUGGUCCUUCUCUGCACGACCUGGAGAAGUUCCUGUCCUACGAGACCGUCUAUGAAAACGGUACACGUACUUUAACCUCGGUGUCGGUCCAAGGGCUCAACGAGGUGACCGACUGGCCCAGGAAUUCCACGAAUAAGCUGCGCCACAAACGAGAGGUCUACGGCACGGACACUCGCUUCACCAUCUCUGAUAAGCAGUUCUCCACCAAAUAUCCUUUCUCCACCUCUGUGAAGAUCUCCACAGGGUGUUCUGGGGUUUUAGUGUCUCCCAAACAUGUCCUGACUGCUGCUCACUGCGUCCAUGAUGGGAAGGAUUAUCUCAACGGAGCCCAGAAGCUCCGUGUGGGAAUUCUGAAGGAGAAGUCCAGACGAGGCAAAGGAGGCAAGGGGAGAGGUGGACGAGGGAAAGGGAAAGGGAAAAGGAGGAAGGGAGAGAAAGAUCAAGAGGAAGAAAUGGAAAGAGAGGAGAAUGGUGGAAAAGGAGAGCAAAAGGGAAGAGGGAAAGGAAGGAAGAGCAGGAGUCGCAGGAGCGCAGAGUCAGAGAAACCUUCCUUCAGGUGGACCAGGGUCAAACAGACCCAGAUUCCUAAGGGCUGGUUCAAAGGAGUGUCUAAUGGACUGGCUGCAGACUUCGACUACGCCGUUCUAGAGUUGAAGAAAGCUCCCAAGGUCAAACACAUGGAUCUGGGAGUCGUGCCCUCCGUCAAGAAGCUUCCCGCUGGGAGGAUCCACUUCUCUGGUUUUGACGAUGACCGUCCUGGAAACCUGGUCUAUCGCUUCUGCUCCGUGUCUGACGAGUCCAACGAUUUACUUUAUCAGUACUGCGAUGCCAAACCCGGCUCCAGUGGCUCCGGAGUCUACAUCCGCCUUAAAGAGCCUGGCAAGAAAAAGUGGAAGAGGAAGAUCAUCGGCAUUUUCUCCGGCCACCAGUGGGUGGAUGUAAACGGGAAUGGAAUGCAGCAGGAUUACAAUGUGGCGGUGAGAAUAACGCCUGCCAAAUAUGCUCAGAUCUGCUACUGGGUGCACGGGAACUCAAGUGAGUGCCAGGUGGCCUAAGACAAGACUGGACCCUGAUCACCUGAUCGUUUCUAACCCCAUCCACCCCCAACCUUCAACCUCUUGUCUCCAAGCAGGGGCCCGAAGACUGCCUCUCUUUUUCUCUUCCUUCCUGUCACCUCCUGUGCCUCUCAUCAGUGCUUCCACCCGGUGGAUACAAAUAGUUAACACACCUACGUUGAUAGGCAAUGUUUUUUUUCCUAUGUAAACCAAUGACAUCAAAAUAUUUAAUUUCAAAAUUACAAUCUGCAUUUUAAAUGUCAUUUGGUGCCAGCACCAUGUUCCAUUGUGUAAAUUUUGUUCUUAAAAUGAUGUUACAUUUUGUUUUUGUGCCAGAUGAAUGAAGAGUUUUUCUCAUUAGAUCAUUACAUUUAAUCAGUAGACUUGCUUCAGCCUGGUUUAGCCCUGUUUGUGAGAAAAGCUUUGAUUUUGAACCUCCUUUUCCAUAGUCUAGAAUUUAUUAAGAAUUUUUUUCUCAGAAAAUCAUUUUUUAUUUUAGUGUAGUACACAAAAGAUGAGAAAACAGUUAAAAUUAAAUAUGUUGGUGUUAUUGUUUGACAUUUGUCCACACAUUUUUGUCCUGCAAUGUGUAGAAUUCAGUUUAAUUCUAAUACCGUACACACCAUGUAAACCUAGUGUCAGGUAACAACAGGGACUCAUCCACAGAUUGGGUGGCCUAUGGGUUUUCUUAUUUAUUUGCUUAAAAAAAUGACUAAAAAGUUGUAUGUAUUUACAUUUUUUCUUUUUUUUACAUUUGAAAUUUUUUUGUCCCCAUUUUGUACAGUAAAGUUACACAUGUGUGAGUGUGUCCUGGUUCCAUUACACACGACCACUGUAUGAGAAAUUAGCAGCUUUAGCUUUAACAUAAGAGGAGAAACAAAAUUGUUAUAAAAACUAAAUAUAGAGCUAAUAAAUAUAGAACUUUUUUAACACUUUAAUGUAAUGAGCUGGUGUUUUUAUAUCAUUGUAUAUAUCUAGAUUUUGUUCUUCUUGACUAUUUUGUCACCAUAAAGAAAGGGUCCUUGUGGAUUCUGGAUAUCAGUUUUUUUUUCUGUUUAUGCAAAGCAGUGAAAUGUGGUUUCAUUGUUGUGCGCAUAAUAUUAUCGGUGCUUGUUAAGAAGACGUGGUGCUAAUUUAUAAAAUUGUUUUUUAUGGGUUGGGGGGUGGGGCGUGGUUCUCAGUACAUAUAUUGAUAGCCUAGUACUGUAACUAUGUAUUUAAUGUGAGGCUACAUAUUUGUGCUGUGUUAACAUGGGACUGAACCCUUUAACAGUUUACUUGAGACUUUGUAGAUUUCUGUCAUUUUAAGGGGGAUUUAAUGAUCAAAUGACAUACAGUCCAGGUAAAUACCAAUCAGAUGCAAUAUAAAAUGGGUUGUGAUGUUUUCAUGUUCCAAACUAUGUUUUCAAAUACCAAAUGCCUGAUGUUAAUCUGGAAUUAAUGUUGCUGAGUGAAAACAUUUUUUGCCAUUAAACCAAGAGAUCUGCU